GGGACACCGGGCAAGGAAGGGACACCGGGCGGGGAGGGACACUGAAAAAGGAAGGGAUACCGGGCAAGGAGGAGAUACCAGGCGGAGAGGGGGCCCCGGGGAGAGAAGGGACACAGGGCAAGGAAGGGACACCGGGCAAGGAAGGGACAUCGGGCAAAGAAGGGACACCGAGCAAGGAGGGACGAUGUCCGGGAGGGAUCAGCAAUUAG